AUGGCGUACAACCGCGGUGUUAGUCUCACCCAAGUCCACCCUUCCCCUGGCGCCGAUGCCGAUACAGACAUCGAUAUCAUUGCCAUCCAUGGCCUGGACACAAAGUCCCCAGACACGUGGAUUUCGAGAUCCGACUAUCCCAACGAGGAUGUCAAUUGGCUGGCAUGUCCGCGCAUGCUUCCAGAAAGAAUAGGACCAGCCCGGAUCUUCACGUGUGACUGGCCAGCCGAUCUCCUUGAACAGCCAGACUUAAUCCAGAAAACAGCGGAGGAGUUUGCUCGACUCUUGCUUGCCGGAAUAAAACGACGUCCUCUACCAACAAAGACUGGCUAUGCAAAGGGGAAAGAUAGGCCGAUUGUCUUUAUUGCAUCAUGCCUCGGGGGCAUCACUUUGAUCAGGGCUCUCGUGAUUGCUGGCCAUUCUAGCGAAUACGCUGUUGUCAGGCAAUCGACACGCGGAAUCGUCUUCCUUGCUACGCCCUUCCGCGGAACUUCCUUCCAAGAUGUAGCAGACUGGGCAGAGCCUGGUCUGAGGGCCUGGACUUCGAUCAGGGGCCAAAAACUUGUCGAUAGCUCUUCAGCAACUCUAGAUAUUGUUACAGACCCACUGCCACUCAAUCGACGCCACGUAAUGAUGAAUAAGUUCAACGACCCUGAAGAUCCGGACUACCAAUGUGUUGUUGGGAAGAUUGAAGAAAUUCUUCAGGAUAUACGUACAAACUCUCCACUCGACGACGCAGACGCUUGGAUACGCAAUAAGCAUUAUGCUGUGGAUAGGCUCAAGAUCGAACGACUCUCUGGCGACCUUUUGCCGAUGGAUCAGUGCUAUAUUAAUCUUGCCGUUGUGGAACAGCGUGGUCAAGACUCAAACCAGCCAAUGACAGAAGAUGCAAAGUCUUCCCCGUUCUCCAUCUCCAACCGAAACGAGAUCGAGACACCAGUUCAGCCGAACAUCAUUGUAACUUCUCGACCAUCCGGCAGGCUGCCACUAAAGCUAGAUCUUGAACUGGAAACGGUUGGCUUUUACCCAAAUCAAGUCGACAAUUACAUUGAGAAAACCUUCCUCAAUCCAAGAACAACCGAGAUUGACGAGAAAAUCGUUGACAAGAUAAAAUCUUUUCUUGAAGAUCACUGGCUUAUUCAGGGUCUCAUACGCAUCCCAAUCCAGCUGGAUGCACUUUGCUACUCUUGGAACGAUAUUCGCAGCGACAUGCCAGAGACAAUGACCGCCCUUUACCAAGCUAUAGAACUUAGCUUGUGGAAAAAGGAUAUCGUGAGACUAGAGAAAAAACAUAAUGAUAGGCUAGUAACGCCAUACCAUAUCCAAGAUGCGAGUCAACAAAAGAUAGAAGGAUUUGUUAAAAACGAAAUCUCUUUUCUAGAGGGUCUUGCUUUUGCUGGGCUACUCGGUGAUACAAUCGAAUUUGAACCGAGGCUUUUGAAUCUCACAUCCGACCGCUUCCCAGGCCUCUUGUUAGACAAAGCCGUCUCAUCUCUCUCCUUUCUGCGAACCUCAAGUCCCUCAUUAGAGUACCGCAAUCGAAGUUAUCACUUUAUACAUCUCACCUUUCAGGAAUACUUCGCUGCGCGAUAUUUUGUACGGCAAUGGACUGCCAGAGAACAUCUCAGCUACAUGGAACUCGGCAGUAGAAAGAUCAACCAGAUCGAGCCUACCAAAUUCUUUCAGAAACACAAAUACACAGCACAUUACGAUAUUCUGUGGCGGUUUGUUGCUGGAUUACUUGAUGCCGAGCCGGAACAACUAUCGCUCUUUUUCCAGAACAUGGAGGACGAGCCAAUCGACCUUCUAGGCCCUGCUCAUCAGCAGCUGGUCAUUCAUUGCUUGAGCGAAGUAACGAGUAAUAUUCCGAUUCGAACCGACCUAGAACAACGGCUUUCCAAGUGGUUACUAUUUGAAGGCGAAUUCACGCGAGACGUUGGCUCCUACCUAGCAUGUGAUAUAGGAUUUCCAGUGCAGACAUUGGACAUCGCCUUUCGUGAAGGAUCGGAUAAUGCCAAGAAAAGAAUUCUAAGCUUGAUUUCAAAUACCGCUCCAGCGAGCAUCAUUAAACAGGCAAUUUCCUGGCUAAGGCACAUAGACGAUAGUACCCGAGAGGCUGCCAUUAAGGCCCUACGGGGGUUGGUCUUAUCCAAUGAGAUUCUUGAGGAUGUAGCAGCAAGGCUUGAAGACAAGGAGGAUUUUGUCCGACAAGCCACUAUUGACGUUUUGAGAGGUCAGUCGGUCCUGCCUAAAGAAGUUGUUGAGGCUAUAGCAGCGAGACUUGAAGAUGAGAAUUAUGAGGUCCGAAAAAUGGCUGUUGUGGCUUUGAGUCAUAAGUCAGUCUUGCCUGGUGAGAUUCUAAAGGCUGUAGCAGCGCGACUUGGAGACGAGCAUCAGAAGGUCCGAAAAGCCACUGUUCGGGCCUUAGGCCAACGAUCGACCCUGCCUGAUGAGAUUCUUAAGGCUAUAGCAACACGGCUUGAAGACGAGGAUCCGGGUGUCCGAAAGGCCACUGUUCGGGCCUUAGGCCAACAAUCGACCCUACCUGAUGAGAUUUUCAUGGCUAUAGUAGCACGGCUUAAAGACAAGCGUCCAUUCAUCCGAAAAGCAGCUGUUCGGGCCUUAGGCCAACGAUCGACCCUGCCUGAUGAGAUUCUUAAGGCUAUAGCAGCACGGCUUAAAGACGAGGAUCCGGGUGUCCAAGAGGCCAUUGUUCGAGCCUUAGGCCAACGGUUGACCUUACCUGAUGAGCUACUUAAGGCUAUAGCAGCGCAGCUUGAAGGUGAGUAUUGGUCCGUUCAAAAAGCCGCUGUUGAGGUCUUGUGUCAGCAAUUUGUCUUGCCUGAUGAAAUUCUUGAACUUAUAGCAGCGCGGCUUGAAGACGAGGAUCGGUCAGCCCGGACAGCUGUUGAAGAUGGGUUGAAAGAUAUAAAGCUUGAGCAACUCAGCCUGCCUUAUAAAAGACUUGAGGACAUAGCAACGCGGCUUAAAACCAAGCAUCAGUCCAUCCGACAAUGCGCUCUUAGAUCCUUGAACCAGCACGUCAGCUUGUCUGAUGAAGCUCUAAAGGCUAUAGCGGCGCAACUUAAGGAUAAUGACGACAGCGAUAUCCAAAUAGCCGCUAUGAUGGCCUUGGACACCCAAUCCAAUCUACCCGACGAGAUCGUCCAGGCUAUAGUAACGCAAUUGAAGAGCAAUGAAGACACGUUUGUGCAAAUAGCUGCUAUUCAGGCCUUGAGCAGCCAAUCCAAUCUAUUUGACAAGAUUAUCCAGGCUAUAGCAACGCAAUUCAAGGACAAUGAAGACUUGUCUGUUCAACUAGCUGCUAUUGAGGCUUUGGGCAGUCAGUUAUAUUUAUCCAGCGAGAUUCUCCAGGUUAUAGCAGCCAACCUUGAGGAUACAAAAUAUAGUCCUAUGGAAAUGCAUUUUUUUGGGCGUAAUCUCAAAGUAGCUUCUAUUAAGGCGCUAGGCAAACAACCGGACUUGUCAACUCAAAUUCUUCAUGUUUUAACAGCACAACUGAAAGAUAACGAGCCACAGACUCAAUCAGCCGCUAUUAAGGUCUUAGGCAAGCAAUCAAGCUUGCCUGAAGAGAUUCAUAACGCUAUAGCGACGCUGCUGAAGAAGAGUAACUCAUCUACCAAAAUGGCCGCUAUUGAGGGCUUGCGCACCUGGUCAGGGUUAUCUAACAAGAUCUUAAAUGCAAUAGCAUCACAACUUCAAUCUUAUGAUGAAUGUCAUGACGACCCUCAUUUUGACCCUUUUAAUGACCCUUGGGAUGAAUCUUAUGAAGAAUGGUAUAAUCAUGAUAAACGGUGGGUUCAAAGAGACGCCCUUGAGGUCUUGGGCGAUCAGCCGAGCUUGCCUAAAGAAAUCCUCAACGCUAUAGCGAUUCAGCUUGACAACGAUGAAUUUUCUGGCUUGCCAGAGGUUGCUGAGAGAGCGCUGCGUAAGCACAGAGAAUUCUACCUCACACUCCUCGAGGGCCCUUACGCCCCCUCCCUUUAUAAAACGCUACUUCGGCAGAGCUUUAAAGAAGAUUUGAUUUGGUGUGUUGAUGAUGAUGGCAACUCCGUUAUCAGCAUGCCAGAAGAUGGCGGAAGAAUAGUUAUUGGUAAACAGGAUGACAUGAAGGCUAUGAUGAAAAGACUUCGUCCAGCAAAUUACCCGGCACAAUAG